AAAUUUUAGUGUGUAAAAUAAAUUUUAUGAUAAUAUACGACUGUGUAGUAUAUUAUUCACUAAUUUUACACUUUACAGUAUUACAGCCUUGCAAUUUGCAGGGUUAAAUCAAUUAAAUACUUUAAUAUUCGAUCCAGGUAGUACCUAUCUAAAGUUUUAAUUUUUAACUAUUACAUCUGUAUCUGCGAUUUGUGUUCGUGUGUCCAGGACCCGGUGACUUGAACUGUAUAACUAGGUACCUACCUAUUUUUGUGGUAAAAUGGGUACUAAAGUGUGUGAUAUUGGAGAUGAUGUUAAAGAAACAUUGAGAAAGUUUCGGUUCCGUAAAACAACAAAAAAUGCUGCUCUUAUAAUGAAAGUAGAUAGAGAAAAACAGCAAGUAUGUGUAGAUGAAAUGUUGGACGAUGUUACUCUUGAGGAACUAAGAGAAAUUUUACCUGGUCAUCAGCCACGUUAUAUUAUUUACUGCUGUAAAAUGGAACAUGAAGAUGGGCGAGUGUCAUUCCCGAUGUGCUUCAUUUAUUUCACCCCAAGAGAUAGUCAUAUGGAAUUACAAAUAAUGUAUGCAGGAACUAAAAUGGCCUUACAACGUGAAGCCAACUUGACUAGGGUGUAUGAAGUGAGAGAAUUGGAUGAAAUGACCGAUGAGUGGUUACAAGACUGUGUUAUGGGAAAGUAAUAUUUUGUAUACAUUUAAAAUGGUUUAUAAAUGACAUGAAAUAGAUUUUAAAAUGAAUAUACAGUUUUAAAAAGAUACCAUAAACUAAUUUAAAAGAAAUAUUGACCCAUAUUUAUUUUAAAUGAUCUA